AUCCUAGCCAGUAGAGAAACGUCUGGCUUCCUAAAAGUGAGCGAGAUGGUAGAGUGAUCAGGAACGUAGGCCUCCUCGGAAUCCGACAGAUCUGGGUGACAAUCGGACGCGUCCGCUUAAAGCUUUGUGACUUUUUGACCAUCAUAGUCAUACUAAAUAGAGCUGUGAGGAAAGCCCAAGACAAAAAGAGCCAAGAGAUUCCUUGAGAAGAGAGAACCAAAACUCAGUGAAAAUAUUAAAAAUGCCAUGCUGAUUAAAGGAGGAAAUGCAAGUGCAACAGUGACACAGGCACUGAGAGAUGUGUAUGCCCUGAAAAAACCAUAUGGUGUUCUGUACAAAAAGAAAAAUAUUACAAGACCAUUUGAGGAUCAGACAUCUCUGGAAUUCUUUUCAAAGAAGUCAGAUUGUUCUUUAUUCAUGUUUGGUUGCCAUAAUAAGAAGCGGCCAAAUAAUCUAGUAAUAGGUCGUAUGUAUGACUAUCAUGUGCUGGAUAUGAUUGAAUUAGGUAUUGAAAAGUUUGUCUCUCUAAAAGACAUUAAGAACAGUAAAUGUCCAGAGGGAACAAAACCCAUGUUAAUAUUUGCUGGUGAUGAUUUUGAUUUAACAGAAGACUAUAGAAGAUUAAAAAAUCUUCUUAUUGAUUUUUUCAGAGGACCCACAGUAUCAAAUAUCCGCCUGGCUGGAUUAGAGUAUGUUCUGCACUUCACUUCACUGAAUGGGAAGAUUUACUUUCGAAGCUAUAAGUUGCUGUUGAAGAAAUCUGGUUUUAGAACGCCCCGGAUUGAAUUGGAAGAAAUGGGACCCUCGCUGGAUCUAGUUUUGAGAAGGACUCACCUAGCGUCAGAUGACCUUUAUAAAUUAUCUAUGAAAAUGCCAAAAGCUCUCAAGCCAAAGAAGAAGAAAAAUAUCUCCCAUGACACUUUUGGUACAACUUAUGGAACGAUUCAUAUGCAGAAACAAGACCUAAGCAAACUACAAACCAGGAAAAUGAAGGGGUUGAAGAAGCGACCUGCAGAAAGGAUAACAGACUAUCAGGAGAAAAAAUCAAAGAGAGUUAAAAAAAAUUGAUGGAGCUUA